CUAUGACAUGGUGCAUUAUGGUCACUCCAAUCAGCUUCGCCAGGCACGUGCCAUGGGGGACUACCUCAUCGUGGGUGUGCACACUGAUGAGGAGAUUGCCAAGCAUAAGGGGCCCCCAGUUUUUACCCAGGAAGAGAGGUACAAGAUGGUACAGGCCAUCAAGUGGGUGGAUGAAGUGGUACCCGCUGCUCCCUACGUCACCACACUGGAGACACUGGACAAAUACAACUGUGACUUCUGUGUUCAUGGCAAUGACAUCACGUUGACAGUAGAUGGCCGAGAUACCUACGAGGAAGUGAAGCAGGCUGGGAGGUACAGAGAGUGCAAACGCACCCAGGGUGUGUCCACCACAGACCUCGUGGGUCGAAUGCUGCUAGUGACCAAGGCCCACCAUAGCAGCCAGGAGAUGUCCUCGGAGUAUCGGGAAUAUGCUGACAGUUUUGGCAAGCCCCCUCACCCGACACCUGCCGGGGACACACUUUCCUCAGAAGUCUCCUCCCAGUGCCCCGGGGGGCAGAACCCCUGGACAGGGGUGUCCCAGUUUCUACAGACAUCCCAGAAGAUCAUCCAGUUUGCUUCUGGGAAGGAGCCCCAGCCUGGGGAGACAGUCAUCUACGUGGCCGGUGCCUUUGACCUGUUCCACAUUGGGCACGUGGACUUCCUAGAGGAGGUGUACAAGCUGGCCAAGAGGCCCUACAUCAUCGCCGGCCUACACUUUGACCAGGAAGUAAACCGAUACAAGGGCAAGAACUACCCCAUCAUGAACCUGCAUGAGCGGACUCUGAGCGUGCUGGCUUGCCGGUAUGUUUCAGAAGUGGUGAUUGGGGCGCCAUACUCGGUCACAGCAGAGCUCCUGGGUCACUUCAAGGUGGACCUCGUAUGUCAUGGGAAGACAGAAAUUGUACCUGACAGGGAUGGCUCUGACCCUUACCAGGCCUUCAGGAGCCCAAGAGGAGAGGAAUCUUCCGGCAGAUCGACAGUGGCAGCAACCUCACUACAGACCUGAUCGUGCAAAGGAUCAUCAAGAACAGGUUGGAGUAUGAAGCUCGGAAUCAGAAGAAAGAAGCCAAGGAAUUGGCCUUUCUGGAGGCCAUGAGGCAGCAGGAGGCACAGCCUGCAGGGGACACUGCCUAGCUUCUGACCUGGAGGAUGUUACUCAAGCCCUCGCCCUGUGCCCACCUCUUCUCGCCCCGCCCUGCCCUGCUGCUGUGUCUUGGUGUCAGCUCACACAAUUCCAGAGGAAGCUGCCUUGCUGGAGGGUGAGCUGCCCAGAGAGGGUGGCUCACACAGUGAAGCAGCCCAGUGGACAGGAUAAGCAGAGGGCACCUGUGACUGGAGGAGUAUUGCUAUGUGUCCUUGGCAUCCACAGUUCCAACUGCCACUGCCCUAGUCUUGUCUGGGACACACCCCUCCCGCCUGACUGGAAGCUGCCCACCCAGCUUUGGUGAAAAGGUUCAGAGGUUCAGAGGGAUGACUUUGGGGACCUCUUGUCCUGGGUCACCCUGCAAGUGGGUACCCUCUACUUUGGGGCACGUUCUAGCACCCCAUUCCUGAUUCCUAGAAGACGCACUUGCCCCGGUGGCUGGGCCAGCUUGACUGUUCUCUGCACAGACUUCUGGUCCUCAUUUUGUACCUCAGUGGCUGCUGUAAAUCUUUUUGGCACAACUGAAUAAAUCCUGGUGGGAAGUGCUCUGUGGCCUCCAAGCCCCCGAAGAAGCAGGAAA